AUGGCAGGGGACGUCACCUACGCGGCUGUGGCGAUGCUGCCGAGGGAAAGGCCCCGCGCUCCUCCAGGGACACCAAACCCAGGCACCGGGAAGUGCAGUGAAAUUUCUGUUUCAGUGGCUGAAAGAGAUCUCCACCUUGUUGUUGAAUUCGGUGAGGGUGUGGAAGCAUCUGGCAGAAUUAAGGAAAAGGAAAAUGCUGAACAAGCAGCCCUGGAAACACACCUCCCUUUUCAUGCAAGCUCCGCCUUUAUUGUUCCUCCACCUGGUGAUUGGCAGAGGCACAAAUGUCAGCGCUGCCCUCUCCCUACAGGAAACACCAUCACGUAUGCUGAGCUGCAUGUGAAGCCCCAGCCCCAAGGGAGCAGCAGAGCAGAGACUUCCGCUCCUGGCUGCCAGCACAGGAGCUCAGCCUGGUUCUACGUGGCGCUGGUCCUGGCAGUCCUCGUGCUCAUCCUGCUGGGAAUCGUGGCCAUACAAGCCAAGCAGUUUUUGAAGGGCAUAGCAGGAAAAUCAGGAAGUUUGCCCCAGUAUGGUCUGAACAGCACCAGCAGUGACAUUUCUUCAGAGAGGACUGUCUCAACAGCUCUCCUGAAACAGCUCGUGGAGGAGCUGUGUGAAGAUGGACGGGGGACAACGUGUGAGCUGUGUCCCCCUGGCUGGCAGCUGCACAGGGGCAGAUGUUACUUCUUCUCUGAGGAGGCCAGGAGCUGGGAGGACAGCCAGAAAAACUGCCUGGCCAGGAAAUCCCAGCUGCUUGUCUUUGAGGAUGAAAUUGAGAUGGAAUUUAUAGACAGCAAAGAUAAAGAUACCAAAUAUAUCUGGAUUGGCUCGGACAUCGAAGACAUGGAGAAAACACAGAGUUCAGUGGAAGAUCACAGAGUAAAAGAAAAGAGGACAGCUCUAAAAAGCACUGAGGGUGACAAGAACUGUGCUGUUUACAGAAGGAAAAACCUGAUCCAGACAGACAACUGCCAGACCUUAAAGGAGUGGAUCUGUAAGAAGAAUGCAACUUUGCUGGUGCUCUGAGCCACAUUUCCAGACAGCAGGCAGAGCUUCUCAUCAGAAGACCCAUUUUACAGACAAACCAACUUGUGAUGUGAAUAAUUUUCUUCAGACUUGCAGGGAAACUUGCACUUUGCUGUGCUGUGCUCCCCAAGAAGCCAGAAGACAGGUCCUGCAACGGGGCUGCAAGCUGGCACACGAGGAUUCUGGGGUGCUGAGCCUUCACACAGACAGAUCUUGGCAGCAGCUGCCUCAGGAAGGGUCAGAGGAGGAGAGAUACUCGUGGGGAGGAGCACUGUGCACAUAAACAGUGUGAUGUGCAGGAAUUGUGACCCCUGUGGGGCAUGAAAGGUGUGCUGGGCCCUCUGCUGUCAUCCCUGCUGAGCUGAGGACUUCUUAUUUGCGUUUCAGAAUUUUAUGUUUGUUGAAGUUUGUGGCCUUGGGGUUUUGUGGUUUUUUUCCUUGGGGUCUAUUUGUGACUCACAGAAGCCACUUGAGGGCUGGGAAAAAUGCAUCUAUUGGACAAUGUCUUAUUUAAAGCUGCUGCACAGCUACUUGGUGUGGACAACAGAUCAGGCAUGGAGUGACUUCUAACACUUGUGGUUAAUGAGCUGAUUGCUCCCAUCCUCUUCUGCUGCUGAGCCUUGGAAUCUGAAGGGAUUAACUAGGGAAGGGGCUUGGGUUGCAAAACAACAUUGCAGUGCAAGGAAAUAAAGUUGAUAA